AUGCAGAAGGGAAUACGACUUAAUGAUGGUCAUGUCACCUACCUAGGGCUUUUAGCAAAGAAGGAUGGUACAAGACGAGGGUGCUUGAGCAAAAAGAGCUCAGACAACACGAAAUGGCACACAAAGUGGUUCGCUUUGUUACAGAAUAUGCUCUUUUAUUUUGAGAACGAGUCCAGUUCUCGACCCUCGGGAUUAUACCUGUUGGAGGGGUGCAUAUGCGACAGGGCGCCUUCACCGAAACCUUCACUGUCAGCCAAGGAGUGUUUGGAAAAGCAGUACUAUUUCACAGUCAGCUUCAACCACGAAAACCAAAAGGCCCUUGAGUUACGCACAGAGGACGUAAAGGACUGCGAUGAAUGGGUGGCUGCAAUAUCACACGCCAGUUACAGAAACUUGGCUACAGAGCAUGAGGCUCUCAUGCAGAAGUAUCUUCAUCUGCUUCAGAUUGUGGAGACAGAGAAAACAGUUGCUAAGCAACUUCGACAACAGAUAGAGGAUGGGGAAAUAGAGAUUGAAAGACUCAAGUCAGAGAUUGCUGGGCUGCUCAAAGACAACGAGAAGAUCCAUGCCAGCCCUGCAGCCGCUCCAACUGACGACGAUUCAGAAAUUAAGAAGAUCAAAAAGGUCCAGAGCUUUCUGCGAGGCUGGAUUUGCAGGAGGAAGUGGAAAACCAUCAUCCAGGAUUAUAUUCGCUCACCUCAUGCAGAGAGUAUGAGGAAGAGGAACCAGGUGGUGUUCAGCAUGUUGGACUCAGAGGCAGAGUACGUCCAGCAGCUUCAUAUUCUGGUGAACAACUUCUUGAGGCCACUGCGCAUGGCUGCCAGCUCUAAGAAGCCACCCAUCACCCACGAUGAUGUCAGCAGCAUAUUCCUCAACAGUGAAACGAUCAUGUUUCUACAUCAGAUAUUUUACCAGGGUCUAAAAGCCAGAAUAGCAAGCUGGCCAACAUUAGUGCUGGCUGACCUGUUUGACAUCUUGCUGCCCAUGCUGAACAUCUACCAGGAGUUUGUGAGGAACCACCAGUACAGCCUGCAGAUCCUGGCACAUUGCAAGCAGAACCGAGACUUUGAUAAAUUGCUGAAGCAGUAUGAGGCUAAGCCAGACUGUGAGGAAAGGACUCUGGAGACCUUCCUUACCUACCCCAUGUUCCAGAUUCCUCGCUACAUUCUUACUCUCCAUGAACUGCUGGCCCACACACCCCAUGAACAUGUAGAGAGAAACAGUCUGGACUAUGCCAAAUCUAAGCUGGAGGAGCUUUCCAGAAUAAUGCACGAUGAAGUGAGCGAGACUGAGAACAUCAGGAAAAACUUGGCAAUAGAGCGCAUGAUUGUAGAGGGCUGCGAGAUUCUCCUUGACACCAGCCAGACGUUUGUAAGACAAGGGUCCCUCAUACAGGUGCCGAUGAGCGAGAAGGGCAAGAUCACCCGUGGGCGACUGGGCUCUCUGUCUCUAAAGAAGGAAGGGGAGAGGCAGUGCUUUCUAUUCUCCAAGCAUUUAAUCAUCUGCACCAGGGGGUCUGGGGGAAAGCUUCAUCUCACCAAGAAUGGAGUAGUUUCACUUAUAGACUGCACUCUUGUGGAGGAUCCGGAGGGGACAGAUGAGGAGUCUAAAUCAGACAAGAGUGGCCAGGACAUGGAACACCUGGACUUCAAGAUUGUUGUGGAGCCAAAGGACAGCCAGUCGUUCACAGUCAUCCUGGUAGCCUCCUCAAGGCAGGAGAAGUCUGCAUGGACUAGUGACAUCAGCCAGUGCAUAGACAACAUCCGCUGCAAUGGCCUCAUGAUGAACGCCUUUGAAGACAACUCCAAAGUCACAGUGCCACAGAUGAUCAAGUCAGAUUCAAGUCUGUACUGCGAUGAUGUGGACAUCCGUUUCAGUAAGAUGAUGAACUCCUGCAAGGUGCUGCAGAUCCGCUAUGCCAGCGUUGAGCGUCUGCUCGAGAGACUGACUGAUCUCCGUUUCCUUUCAAUCGACUUUCUCAACACCUUCCUGCAUUCCUAUCGUGUAUUCACCACUGCCGAUGUGGUGCUAGAUAAACUCAUCACCAUCUACAAGAAACCCAUCAGUGCCAUUCCUGCCCGGUCACUGGAGUUAUUCUUUGCCAGCAGUCAAAACAGUAAACUUCUGUAUGGUGAGCCACCCAGCUCCCCCAGGGCUAGCAGAAAGUUCUCCUCCCCUCCUCCCCUCGCUAUUGCCAAGAAUUCAUCCCCUAACCGCCGGCGCAAGCUCUCUCUCAAUAUUCCCAUCAUCACCGGGGGCAAAGCUCUUGACCUGGCUGCCCUUAGCUGCUCCUCAAAUGGCUAUGCAAGCAUGUACUCCUCCAUGUCCCCAUUCAGCAAGACCACCUUGGACAUCAACAAACUCUACGUGUCCAGCCCAAUCACGAGCAAAAUCUCUGAUGAGGGAGAGGACAGGAAGGAAAAGGUGGACGAUACCUCAUCAUGCAAACAAGAUCUCUCUGUACGAGAAGAAAGUGAUAAUGAUCAAAACCAGAGCGAUGAGGGGGAUCCAGAAGCUUCUCCAACCAAAUCUCCUACUACACCUAAAAAUAUCAAAUGCAAAAACUCCUCAGAGUUUUCCCUGUUUUCCUACAACAACGGCAUGGUGAUGUCAUCAUGUCGAGAGCUGGACAACAACCGCAGUGCUCUAUCUGCUGCCUCCGCCUUUGCUAUUGCUACAGCUGGAGCCAAUGAGGGUACCCCUACCAAGGAAAAAUAUAGACGGAUGUCCCUUGCUAGUACAGGUUUUCCAACAGAUCAGAGAAAUGGAGACAAAGAGUUUGUGAUCAGACGAGCAGCAACCAACAGAGUCCUGAAUGUGCUACGGCACUGGGUGUCCAAACACUCUCCGGACUUUGACAGUAACAAUGAGCUGAAGACGAAGGUUAUUGCCUUCUUGGAGGAAGUGAUGCAUGACCCUGAGCUGUUGACCCAGGAGAGGAAAGCGGCAGCCAACAUCAUCAGGACUAUAACUCAGGAAGAUCCCGGUGACAAUCAGAUCAUGAUAGAAGACGUGACACAACUGAUUGGAGGAGGGAAAGCUGAGACCUUUGAGAAUCAUUCUGCAUUGGAAAUUGCAGAGCAGCUCACACUGCUGGACCACCUGGUGUUCAAGGUCAUUCCAUACGAGGAAUUCUUUGGCCAAGGCUGGAUGAAGAACGACAAAAAUGAGAAGACGCCGUAUAUCAUGAGGACAACAAAGCACUUCAAUGAUAUGAGCAACCUUAUUGCCACAGAGAUCCUCCAUUGUGAUGAUGUGGUCACUCGGGUAGCAGUCAUAGAGAAAUGGGUAGCUGUGGCUGAUAUCUGCCGUUGUCUACAUAACUACAACGCUGUCCUCGAGAUCACCUCAUCACUGAACCGCAGCUCCGUUUUCCGCCUCAAAAAGACCUGGCUCAAGGUUUCCAAGCAGACUAAAGCACUGAUUGACAAACUGCAGAAACUGGUCUCAUCAGAGGGGAGGUUCAAAAACCUCAGAGAGGCUUUGAAGAAUUGUGAUCCUCCCUGUGUGCCCUAUCUGGGAAUGUACCUCACUGACCUGGCUUUCAUUGAGGAAGGAACGCCAAACUACACCGAGGACAACUUGGUCAACUUCUCGAAGAUGAGGAUGAUUUCUCACAUCAUCAGAGAAAUCAGACAGUUUCAACAAACAGCAUAUAAGAUUGACUUGCAACCAAAGGUAGCCCAGUAUCUGCUGGACAAAAGCUCUGUUCUGGAUGAAGAAAGCAUGUAUGAAGCCUCACUCAGAAUUGAGCCUAAAGUGCCCAACUGAUGGGGAAGGCGGCCCACCACAUUAUUUUCUCUGUUAAUAUUACACAUCAGUUGACACAAACAUUGACAUUUGUAUAGCUGUACAUGCUUAAGAUAUUUGCUCCUUUGUACAGUAGAUGUUUAAGGUUGUUUGACAACACAAAACAUUUUAGUGUAUUUUUUCCCGUGUAUAUUUUUGGUUUGUUGCCAUUUCCACGAUGUCACCUCCUUGAAGAAUUUUUUUAAAACUUCUUUGAGUACUUCAAGAACAAUAAUAGAGGUCACUUUAGCUGCAUGCAACUGUGUCUUCUAUUGUGACCAAUGACAUUAUUUUUGCAUCAUGCCAUACUGUGUCAAAUUUGCACUUCGAGCACUCGUGUUGCUGGCUGUUGUUCUCUUGGCUUGAGUUCUAUUGAUGACUGAAGUUCUCUGCAAUCAAUGUAGCAUUAUAAAAAAAAAAAAAAAAAAUCUAACUGCAUAAAAUCAGGUAAAAGAGCACAGAGAAUAUAAUUAAAGAUAGAGAACAGUGAUCAGUGUAACUGACAGCAAGGUAUCCAAGCAUGCGUGUCUCUGUGCUUCCCAAACCAAAAGAAGAGGGAUUUGUUUCUUCAUUUCUAAAGACAGGGGUUCCCAACUGUUUUUGUACCACUCUGACUGUUUUCAAGCAGUGUAACUGUGGACCAGUUCAAUAUGGCUAGCCAGAUAUGAGAGGGAACAGAUGGUAAAAAAUUUCUUGUUGAUUUAUUUGCUGAAUACUGAAUAAAUGGUAGAACAGCUCAACUCUUGGAGCUAAAUGCUAAAAUUAGCAUGCUGUACUUACAAUGCUAACUGAAUAACAAGCUCACCGUCUUAGUUAAGCUUGUUUGCAUGCUCACAUUUUCUAAUUAUCACUAAACCUAUAGUUAAAGCUUAUGUGAAUGCAAAAAUCAAUCAAGUAUUGAAGAAAAUUUAAAAUACUGAUCUAAAAGUUGGAAAGCUAGGGGACCAGAGUUAUUACAGUAUAUCCUCUGCAUCUGAUUAGACAUUACCAUCCACUGAUGUGCCAAAGUUGUCAAAGUAUGUCAGUCUGCGCAACAAAAAUCAAUCUCUUGUUGCUAGAACCAUUAGCUCAAGUUACAUAUUUGUAAAGAACAUCUAAAAAUUACAAAAAGUGGAAACGUAUAGACCAAACAGGACAUGUUGUGAAGACACAGUCUAUACAAACUUAAUUGUCUGUAGAAUUUAUUUUUCUUUUUGCCAAGUAUAAAAUAUACUAAGGCUGGUAAUGGUCCACAGUUCAUAGGCUGGGAACCUCUUCUUUAAGUUAAGUUUUGAUGUACAAUAAUCCACUCAGUUGGCACACAAGUUGCCUAAAAUCUGUUAAGUUCACUUUAUAGACUGAGCUAUAAGCUUUGUAACAACACACAGUGUUAAAGGAGGGUUACAUCUUUUAGACCGGUGUGAUUUAAGGUGAUUGAUUUGUCAUCAGAUUUUUUUUUUUUUUUGUUACACUGAAAGUACACCAGUGCGGUACAAAGAGAUUCCCCCUUUUGCUUGAAUUUUUUUUGGUGAUAUGUUAAAUUUAAACUUAUGAAAAAAGAUCACAGGUGGUGGUUAAGUGUUGUACCUUCAGGUUUGGGUUCUACUUCUGUAGAGUAAAAGUUUGUUGCUCUUCUGUAAUCAAAAGACAAUCUGUCCCUUUUGCUGUUCCAGUGAUUGUGGAACGUGACUGUAUAUCACUCUGUUAUAUGCAUUGCUGUUAAAAACUAUGAUAAAAUGUAUGUGAAUGACCUCUGCCUGCAGCAUUCAAACACUAUUUUUGUAGUAGUAUAAGAGAGAGUGACCUGCUCUUUAUAUGAACAUGGGAAAGUAUUUUGUACUUUGUUGUUAAUUCACUUCACUGAGAUGUGCUGUACAUUUUGUACAUGCAACCUGGCAUAUUUCUCAAUGUGGAACAGUGUAAUCCUUUCAAAAACAAAUUAUAUCUCAAGCUUAACACAAAAUGCUACAACAGUGUGGUCUUGAAACCAUAACUUAGAAGUAGGAGAACAAUUCAAAGUGUUUUGCAUUUAUACUGUAAUCCUGUCUAUAACCAUUUCUGUUAGCAGGAAUAUAGUAAUGUAGUGCUUAUUCUGUGAAUAUUUGUAUGUAUUUUUACUAUGUAUGUACAGUACACUUUUGAAGCUAAUGUGGUAGGCAUGCAACACCUUCACAGACAGAAUAAUACUAUAUACUUAUACUGUAUACACUUAUAAAUGCACAUACUCUUAUAAGGUAUAUAAACAAAUAAACAUUUUGCUGUAAGCAAUACCUAAUGGUAUGAAAAUUAUCUUUCAACCCUCAUGUUUCCACAGCUUAAGAAAUAUUCCCAGUUUUGUAAGGAAAAAAAAGAUUAAGAUGAAGAAGAUAACAACAAAUAAACAAAAAUAUGU